AUGGAGUAUUUUGUUCUUUUAAUCGUGGCCUUGAUAGCAGCAUGGUCUACCGUUGUACUCUCACGGCGGCGGCGAGGCCCCGGUGUCAAGUUCCCUCCAGGGCCUCGUCCCCUGCCGAUAGUCGGCAACAUCUUCCAACUCAGCGCCGACCCCCACAAGUCCUUGGCCAAGCUCGCCAAAACCCACGGCCCGCUGAUAUCCCUCCGCCUCGGUAACCAAUUCACCGUUGUCGUCUCCUCGCCGGAGAUGGCGGCAGAGAUACUCCAGAAGCAUGGGAACUCCUUCUCGAACAGAUCCAUCCCAGCCGCAGUCUACAUAUACGGAUUCGACAAGGCCUCGUGGAACACCAUGCCCACUGACUCGGCCGGGUGGAAAAAAGUCCGCCGGAUCGGGCGAGAGCAGCUCUUCUCUCACCAGGCGCUUCAGAAAACCGAGGGGCAGCGCCAAGAGACGCUGCGGAAGCUUGCUAAACACGUGCGCGGGUUCAGCGAGCGGGGCCAGGUGAUGAACGUCGGGGAGGCGACGUUCACCACCAUGACGGACCUCGUCUUCUCGACGCUCUUCUCUAUCAAUCUCACCGAUUACGGCGCUGCCGAUUCGCUAGCGAAUAAGGAGUUCAGGGAGCAUGUUAAUGGCUUCACCAGCGCCGUUGGAUCUGCAUGGGAUCCGACGGAAGAUCGGGCAUCAUCUCCGGAGCUUGCUGGGUUUAGUCGAGGGCAUGGUCGAGAGGCGAAUGCGUCAACGGAGGGACUCCGAUUACAAGAAAAUGAAUGA